CGCGUUAUCAAUCAUAAACGCUUUCUCUGCCUCCUUGCCGUCGUGUUUCUUUUUCCAUCCUAUAUCACAAUCAGCUGUCCAAAUGGCGAAGCAAGUCAAAGUCACCGAAUACCAGACGCGUGUCUACACGCUCUUGCAACAGAUCCCCAAAGGCAAAAUCACCUCGUAUGCAGCUAUGGCGAGAGCAUUGAACUCAUCACCCCGCGCGAUCGGCGGAGCUCUGCGGUCAAAUCCUUUUGCGCCCGAAGUGCCAUGCCAUCGAUGCAUUGCAAGCACAGGUUUUGUUGGCGGAUUCAAGGGAGAUUGGGAAAAAGUCCCCAGCGGUCAGAAUCAGGACGAGAAACUCAAGCUACUCGCCCAAGAGGGUGUCAGGUUUGACUCAAAGGGGAUGUUGGUGGACAAGUCGUGUUGGUGGGACGAUUUCAAAGUGUGA